AUGAGGUUCCUGACGGAUUUUGUCAACACGGCCCGUGAUAUCCUUGUGUCAGGUCCCUGGCGAGAAAGUGUGCUCCUUUUAAAACGACCCUGUGACCUAGCCGAUCUGCUUGAUGGGAGACUAUUUCUCAACACUGUGUCCGAGCUUCAGGAGCCCGGUGCUCAACACGCCCUUGGUCCCUCACUGCUCUCAUCAUUCAGAGCUCUCACAUCCCUCUUGGAUGACACUUGCAGCGUCAACUUACAGUUCGAGUUAGAGAUCCAGAAAACUCGGCCUCAAGUCACUAUCACCACGCAAAACGCUCGCUUCAACACAAAGCCACGCACGUGCCGAAUAAAAGAGUCGAACAUGUCGACGAAUGGAUACGAGAUCUCGACGAUCAGCAAUCCCGUGUUUAAUGCUCACCUAAGUCCCAUUCAACAGGCCAUAGAUGUGUCUGUCAGCGACGAGGCCACGUCACGAAUCUUCAAAGAGCUCAGCCACUGGCACAACCACCGGCACCCCAUCGACAACAAGGCCGUUAUUGGAAUGACGGAAUGGCAGAAGGCGCGUGCUAAUUGGUGUAAUCAGUUGUUUAUGACCGAGACGAGGAACUACGCUGCAAGCUUGACUAACGCUGUUAGAGGUCUUUUAGAGCCGGAAACAGUCAUCGUAACGUCAUCCCGAAGUCGAGUGCAGAAGGAAGAAGUGGAUUCAGUAGGGACGAAUGGUGUUUCCAUAAAGUCUAAGGCUCAGAAAACUCCUGCUCGGGCCGGAAAGAAUCAGAGCUUGAAACCCAUGAUCGAAGUAUGGAAUUCCAAGAGAACCGAGUUUGCUAAAAAGCGACACCUCACGUCUCGCGUUGUAAUGGUCAAGAACUAUCUGAACAGGCUGACAACGAAGAAGCGAGUUGCAGUGGAAGCUGAGGUGUCGUCGUACCUGCUCAGCGUUUUGGUUGAGAUGUGGACAAAGCAUUGUACGUCUGAAGACCGGGACCGUGCCAUGCCGAUUAUGGGGCUCGUUUGGAAUCAGAUGCUCCACAUUAAAAAGCUGGACCAAGGGAUCACUGUCGAAAUUGCAACUUGCAUUGCCAAUACGGUCGAGCCCUUUCGUUUGCCAGCCUUGGAAUCAAUUCCAGUCAAAGAACAACGGAGUCCCUACUUCAAAUUCGUCGAGUUGAGGUCUAAGAAUGCAGGUUUGGAUAUUCAACCAUCGCCCCUGGAAUUCCAGUUUGUCCAUGCUGGGCCAUUCUUUGAUCGUGACGUGGGCUCGCGGGACGUCCUGGACCAAAUCGAUAGGAAGAAUAGUGUCUUUGUGGUCGCUCCAACUAGUGCGGGAAAGACAUUUAUUUCAUUUUAUGCCAUGAAGCAGGUCCUCGAGGAGGAGGAGGACGACGAAGUACUGGUCUACGUUGCCCCGACUAAAGCGCUUGUGAAUCAGAUUGCCGCUGAGGUACAGGCUCGAUUCUCCAAAUCGUUCAAGUAA